AUGGAAAAUUAUACUCAAACAUCAACGGAUUUCAUUUUAUUGGGAUUGUUUCCACCAACAAGAACUGGUCUGUUCCUUUUUACUCUCAUUGUUCUCAUUUUUCUAAUGGCUCUGUUUGGCAACUUGUCCAUGAUUCUACUCAUCUUACUAGACACCCGUCUCCACACACCCAUGUAUUUCUUACUUAGUCAGCUCUCCCUCAUUGACUUAAAUUACAUCUCCACUAUUGUCCCCAAGAUGGCUUCCAAUUUUGUGUCUGGAAACAAGUCUAUCUCCCUCAUUGGGUGUGGUGCUCAGAGUUUCUUCUUCAUGGCUUUAGCAGGUGCAGAAGCAUUGCUCUUGGUAUCUAUGGCUUAUGACCGUUAUGUGGCUAUUUGCUCUCCUCUUCACUAUCCCAUUCGUAUGAGCAAAAAAGUGUGUGUGUUGAUGAUAACAGGAUCCUGGGUAAUGGGCUCCAUCAACUCCUGUGCCCACACUGUGUAUGCCCUCCAUAUCCCUUACUGUCAAUCCAGAGCCAUCAACCACUUCUUCUGUGAUGUCCCAGCCAUGCUGACUCUGGCCUGCAUGGACACUUGGGUCUAUGAGUACACAGUGUUUGUGAGCACCAUCCUCUUCCUUGUG